AGGCGACACUCUCAAUGUGCAAUGGAUUGUAUACAUGUCACGAUGCUAACUGCGCUGCAGGUUUAAAGGCUCAGACAGCCAAACGUUGUGUCUUAAAUUAAAGGUACAUUAAUUCUCCAGAAGGCAGACAGGCUGGAUUUUUAUCACACAUCAACCCGGAAGUGACAUUGAUACAGACGAGGCAGUGACGCAGACGUUUGGAUUGUGCAUCACUCUACUGAGGAUGCCGCCAGAAGCAGGAAUAAAAACAAGGACAGCUGAGUGAAUCUUUUCAGCGUGUGGUUGAGCCUACAGCAUCCAAUAGAAGUACUCAUCCUACACUGGCUCCACUGGUAGCAGCUCACCUGAAGAUUCAGAGGAACCUGAAUCUAAAUCUGAAACAGUCAUCAGAGACAGUGGACCAUGACCUAGACAAAAUAAAACCCUGUUUCAGCACUGCUGCUUAUGAGGCCUCUGACUCUGCUGCUGCUCUUCCAGCAGCUGAAAGGAUACUCAUACCUCCACCUCACGUGACCCUCCCCUGUUUACUCUAAUCGAUUUCCCCAAGAUGCACCGAACACAGAGCCACUGCAGAAAAGAAAAAUACCUCAAGAGGAGAAAGGCAUUCACGUCUUCAGUCAAGGGAGUUUCUCAUUUCUCUAGGCGAGCCAAGAGACGCUUGUAUUGUAAAUUACAGCUUUGGAUGUGGAGGAAGCGAAAGGAGAAAUGCGGUGUAGUUAUGUUCAGAGCAAGAAAAAGAGCUUGUGGGAUCAGUGCCGGACCCUGCCUCAGCAUAAAGACACAAUCACAGAAAAAUAAAGUCCCAGCACGCCACACGUCAGACCUGGAAAACGCAGUCAGAUCACCAGCUCUUGUGUCACCUCCUGGAUGUGAUACUGGAGGUUCAGAGGACACGCUGAGAGAGGAGAAUGGCCCGCUGAAUUCAUGUGAAUCUGUAACUCCAUCAGAAAUUGCUUCUAGUUCCUCACAGAACCUGGUUACGGACACAAAUAUUUCUGCGGGUAACGUCAGUCAAACGGUGCCUACAGUGACAGUGCCGUCAGAGAAAACGGAAACUUUGGCACAGCUCAGUGAAAUUACAGACCCUUUAAAACUUUCUGACACUGUCAAACCCCUGUUGACUUCAGACAGUGAUGCACAUGGCUUAACUGCACAUUUUAAAGAACGAAGGGUGACGGCACCAGCCCAGAGGGUGGAGGCUGACGGCCCAUCAGGACAAUGCACUGCUGUCACAGACCAGGCUACAAACAGAGACACUGCUGAGAGAAUCACCAGUAAAAAGACCUCUCAUACUGAUUUAAGUCUACUGACGAAAAACAUCCAUGAAUUUCUCGACGACUUCUACAGAACACACGGAAGUUUCAUACCAUUAAAAAAGAGCGACGUGUUGAGACAUCUGAGGAGGAGGUUUAACACUGAUUUCAGCGACAGGAAAAAUUACAUCUUCUCAGAGGUUACCAAAUAUGGAACUGCGAUCGUUCAGAAGCCCGUUCCCUCCUUCCAGGUGGUCUACAAGAAGCACACACUGACACUGGAUGACUUGUCCACACUGGCGGAUCAGAACUGGCUCAACGACCAGGUCAUGAAUAUGUACGGAGAAUUGAUUAUGGAAUCUGCCCAUCACAAGGUCCAAUUCCUCAACAGCUUCUUCCACAGGCAGCUCAUGACUAAAGGAUAUGAUGGUGUUAAGAGGUGGACGAAGCAGGUGGAUUUGUUUUCUAAGAGUUUGCUUCUGGUGCCGAUCCACCUGGAGGUUCACUGGUGUCUGGUCACAGCUGACAUUGUCAAAAAGAAGAUCUGCCUCUACGACUCUCAAGGGAACGCACUCCAGAAGGUUGCGAGGAACAUCCUGAAAUACUUGAUGACAGAAGCAAAGGAGAAGAAGCGAGCAGAUUUUGAACGAGGUUGGGCGGUGUCGUUCGAUGAGAAAAUCCCCCAACAGACCAAUGAAAAUGACUGCGGAGUUUUUGUCUUGGAGUAUUCAAGAUGCCUCGCUCUUGCGAAACCUCUGCAGUUUUCACAGAAGGACAUACCAAAGAUUCGCAAGAGGAUCUACAAAGAGCUCUGUGACUGUAAGCUCCACGAAUACGGCUGACGACGAUCUUACAGUUGUUUG